GUGUGGGAAAGUGGAAAUAGAGGUGCGCCGCCUCAAACCUGCACAAAGCAGGUAGAUUUUUUGUGAGCGCCAGAGAAGCAGAGAAACAUUGGAUUACCUCCUAGUUUUUACUUAGAGGUUGAUUUUAGGAUUCUUCUUCUUUUUUUUGAGGAAAACACACAGAUUGUUGGGUCACGGUGACACUGACCUCUACAUCUUAGAGCACGUUUGAGGACCUGCUGAGCCUGCAGGGAGGCCAAAACCUGGAGUUGAACCACGUACAACCACCAGGCUACAACUACCUUAAACUGGCCCACCUCCACCCACAGCAAUACCAUCAGCCCCACCUUCCUGCUUACCCUCACCAAGCCCCGCCCAGGCCUCCUGGUGGGCCUGCCGCAGCAUCGCAACAUGAGCAGCUGUUGCCACUGACGCCGCUGGGAGAGCGCAGUGAGAGCAGCCACACAGCUGCCUGUGCAGAGAGCGAGUCAAAGAGAGAAGAAUUUGGGGAUGAACUGCAGGAAAUGGCAGUUGAAAUGAUUCGGAAAAAAGCAUCUUCCUCCUUGAGAAUGAGAAGAAUAACAGAAAACGCUAGAUGGAGUAUUGACCGUGGGCGAAGCUUGUCCUUCCAUGAGGUGCGAAGCCAACGUGAGGCAGAGAUGAGGGCUGCAGCCGAGGAGUCGUCCAACAGCAGCAGCAGCGUAGGAGGAGGCGGCGGCGGCAGCACCGUCCUGCAGCGCCUCCUGCAGGAGCAGAUGAACCGGAAUUAUGUGCUGCAGCAACAGCAACAGCAACAACAGCAGCAACAACAGCAACAACAACAACAACAGCAAGGAGGAGGAGGACCAGGGGCAGGAGGCGGAGGUGGAGGAGGUUACUCGGCACAGGGACAGGUGGGCCCCGCUGAUGAUCACUCCAUGACCCCCCACAUUGCCCGUCAGGAGCCCCAGGGACAGGAGCUGCAGACGGACAACGGCCUGGAGAAGCUGGGCUCCAGUAGAGUAGGAGGAGGCGGUGGGAGCAGUGGAGGGGGAGGAGGUUUAGGGUCUGGAGGUGGAGGAGGAGGAGGCAGUAGUGGAGGUGGUGGGAGCGGACAAGGGCAGUGCCUGAACCCUGAGGACCUUCCUACGUACGAAGAAGCCAAAGUGCAGUCACAGUACUUCCGGGGCCACGGUCCUCCUCCUCAGGCUCAGCAGCAGAACAAUCAGCAGCCUCCUCUACCCGCCUCAGUUGGCACCGCCUUCUACGUCACAGGGGUUACUAACUCCAAGGUGCGCACUGAGGGUCGCCCCACAGUGCAGCGAGUGAGCGGCACAGGAAGGGUGCACCAGGACGAUGGGCUGAAGGAUCUGAAGCAAGGGCACGUUCGGUCUCUUAGCGAACGGCUCAUGCAGCUCUCACUGGCCACCAGCGGCGUCAAGGCCCACGCUCCCGUCACCAGCGCCCCACUCUCUCCCCAGCUGCCCCCGCCCGGGCCACCGGGCGACUACUACAAGCCGCAGCAUCGUGGCCCGCCUCCAGACUACCCCUUCAAAGGAAUGGGCUCGCCCACCAAGCAGCAGGAGCCUGCUGGUCAUUUCUACCAGGAGCAUAGAGGGAGGGAGCACUCAAGGGAGGUGCUCCACGUCCGAUACCAGCCCCCACCUGAAUAUGGAUCAUUCAGGUCCAGUAAGGAGGGUUCGGCUCACUUUCAGAGGCCCCUUCAUCAGCACAGUCCCACCUCCUCUGUCACCUCCAUGGGCUCCUUGUCCCGCACCCAGUCCUCCACCCUUAGCAGCAUGCUCAGUGCCUCCCACUCCUCCCAUCCCUCCUUCCCUCAUCAGCACCCACAGAGCCAGGGAGAUCCCUUCCCCAGCACAGGGCCCCGCAGUCCACAGGGUCCCGGUUCCUACCAGGCAGGCGAGCUCUUCACCAUGGGGCCCAUUCACCCAACACCACCCAGAGGUCACGGUUUCCCUCAUGACCCCUAUGGCUCCACACCAAGGAUGCACCAGCAGCAGCAGCAUCAGCAUCAUCAGUAUCAACAACAGCAACAGCAGCAGCAGCAACAACAACAACAGCAACAACAGCAACAGCAGCAACAACAACAACAACAACAACAGCAGCAGCAACAGCAGCAGCAACAGUUCCAAGGACCUCCCCAGCCCCAGCUGCCAGUCCAGGCCGGACAUUUGCCUCACCCGCACUCUUACUCCCACGCGCAGGGGGAGCCCUUCGCCAUGAUGGCUCGUGCCCACCAGAUGGUUGAUGUGCUGGCGGAGGAGAACAGGAUGCUGAGGCAGGAGAUGGAGGCCUGCCGCGAGAAAGUUACCAAGCUGCACAAGCUGGAAACAGAGAUCCAGCUGGUGUCAGAGGCAUAUGAAAACCUCGCCAAGUCCUCCUCCAAGAGGGAGGCCCUGGAGAAAACCAUGAGGAACAAGCUGGAGCUGGAGGCGCGGCUGCACGACUUCAACAGGGACCUCCGAGAGCGCAUGGAGACAGCCAAUAAGCAGCUCGCUGCUAAGGAGUGUGAGGGAUCAGAGGACAACCGCAAAACCAUCUCCCAGCUGCUUACACAGAACAAAGAGACGCUCCGUGAGAAGGAGAAGCUGGAGAUGGAGCUGAAUGCGCUGCGCUCCACCACAGAGGACCAGAGGAGACACAUCGAGAUCAGGGACCAGGCGCUCAACAACGCCCAGGCCAAAGUGGUCAAGCUGGAGGAGGAGCUGAAAAAGAAGCAGGUGUACGUGGAGAAGGUGGAGAGGAUGCAGCAGGCUCUGGCUCAGCUCCAGGCGGCCUGUGAGAAGAGAGAACAACUCGAGCAUCGACUCCGCACCAGACUGGAGAGAGAGCUGGAGUCGCUACGCAUGCAGCAGCGUCAGGGAGGAACCCAAAACAAUGGUGCUGUCCCAUCGGAAUACAACGCCACCGCUCUGAUGGAGCACCUGAGGGAGAAGGAGGAGCGUAUUCUGGCUCUGGAGGCCGACAUGACCAAAUGGGAGCAGAAGUACCUGGAGGAGAGCGUGAUGAGGCAGUUUGCCCUCGACGCCGCCGCCUCUGUCGCCACUCAGAGGGACACGUCUGCAGCAGUGAUAAGCCAUUCUCCCAGCAGCAGCUACGACACAUCGGUAGAGGCUCGGAUCCAGAAGGAAGAAGAGGAGAUCCUCAUGGCCAACCGCCGCUGUCUGGACAUGGAAAGCAGGAUAAAGAACCUUCAUGCCCAGAUCAUAGAGAAAGACGCUAUGAUCAAGGUGCUCCAUCAGCGCUCCAGGAAGGAACCUAUCAAGUCUGAUGCACCGUCUGCCAUGAGGCCCUCCAAGUCCCUGAUGUCGAUUUCCAAUACUGGGUCUGGUGGAUCAGGACUGCUCUCUCACAGCCUGGGCCUCAGCAGCUCGCCCAUCACCGAAGAACGCAAGGACACCAGCUGGAAGGGCAGCCUGGGAGUUCUGCUGGGUUCCGAGUUUCGCCCAGAGUCUCUCAGGACGGAGUCGAUCUCCUCGUCCCCCUCACCAGUGCUUCCUUCCACCCCGAUGACCGCAGGCCACUCAAAGACAGGCAGCAGGGACAGCUGCACGCAGACCGAGAAGGGUCAGAGUCAGGACACAAGCAAGCCUAGCACUCCAGCCCUGCAGAGCAUGACGCUGCCUGCUCGCCUGUCCAGCCCCAGCCCCGUCUACAUCCCCGACCGCAUAGCAGAUGUUCCAGUGUUCCACACCAGCACUCUGGAGCGGAGGCUCCCCGUCCAGUCACACCCACAGCAACAGGCCCCUCCCCCGGCCCCGCCCACCCAACAAGAAGUAGACAACGACAUGGUGGAGAUCCUCAUCUGACCCCAUGACCUCUGGAAAAAAAACGUAAUCCAAACAAGUGAUUGGGGGAGGCAGCGCAGUAAGAUAAACAGAGCGACAGACAUGUAAAUCAUCCCUGCUCGUCCUCCAAACCUGCAGCUGCAGUCUGUCUUUCACCAAGCUGAAGGAGAGUUAUUAUACACACAUCAUGCAGGUCAGAAAACAGCAUGAACGGAGAAAAAACAACAUCUGCACAGUUCCUCCUUGCCAUAAAAAUGUUUUAAAAAAAUCCUACUUUUAUCUUUGUCAGAUCAGAAGGUUUGAAAGCGGAAAGCACGCCUAUAUUUAUACAAAAUGCAACCAAUAGUCUGACAAGCUCUGUGAUGGCAGCUGAAAGUAACCAUCCAACCUUCCCACACAGAGAAAAAACGAAUAAAAAGCCAUACGUCAAAACAUAUCGAACCUUUAUAUCAUUUUAGCAAAUUUGUCAUCUGAUCUAUCAGUCAUUAUUUUUCGUUCACAAACAUUUCAAGUUGGAUGCAAAAUAGAGGAAGAAAUGUUGAACACGUGCAGAAAUUCAACACCCUUCAAAAAAAAAACCAUUAGAUCAAAUACCAAUAUGGUAAAGAAGACACACCUGUUAUUUUAAAAUACAUUUCCCUCUUUACUGAUAUGUGUGUCAGACAUUUUCAUCCUCUCAUGUUUACAUGUGCAUCCAUUCAAACACUUCCAGCCUGACUGGACUCUGUCAUUGAAUAACUCUUCAUCAUCAUCUUAAGAAAAGCCAGCAAUCAGAAGCAAAAAAGCAGAGGUGCUUUGCCCCUUCCUGUCUCAUCUCAGCUUUAGCCAUCCUCCUGAAUGCAUGUGUUAAUAUGAAGUGGUGACUGGAACUUCAAAAUAGAAAAGUCCAUUGCCUCAUAUUUAUUUUUCCAACGCAGCUUUUCAACAUGUCUUUUCCGCUCUCUUGUGUGCAGUGAUGGAUUCAACUUUGGCAACUGUUGUUUGAAGUUGAAGUGAAGUUUUUUAAGCAAGAGGUUAGACAAAAAAAAAAAAAAAAAAUUUAGCCUUGAAGCAUGCUCAUAAAAGCUGAAACAGGUGAUGCAUUGAUGUAAAAAAGUGGGCAAACUUGAGAGCCAAAUUCUCCCAACACAGAGAGCACAUACACCCAUACAUACACAAGUGUACUUUGAACUUUAAGGUGAAGGAUUUCUCUCUUUGUCACUGCAGUGUGACUCGCUGUGGUUAGUGACUAAGGCUUUGUUUGUUUAAAUGCACUAUUGACCUGAGGGAGGGGUUUCAUGGCCGAAACAGUAACUGUAGCACCGAUGGCAUUUCAGCACAUUAAGGAACAUUUGCAGAGCUUUUGCAUGUCCAUUUUUUCCUUUCCAAACAUGCAAGCAAGUGAUUCAUGAUGAACAGAACUGGCCUUUUCUACAAGAGUUUAGCUGUAAGAGGAGCUGCUUGUGACUCGGACUCGAGAUGUGUAAACUCUCCUGCAGUGUUGGUGGAGGCUGGUUGGACCAAAUGUAUUGGCUACCUUUUUGUUGCAUUUAUUGCACUACUUAUUUUGUAAGUGUGUUUCGUAUAUUACUUUUAAGACGUCUGACAUUAGGUAUUGUAUUUAUGUGAAUGUGUUUUUUUUUCUAAACUGUAGUUAGAAAUGGCACUUGGGUAAUCCGAACGUAUGUAAACUAUAAAACCUUAACUAUUGACAUAGUGUAUGUAUGUACUGUAAAGUCAUGUGUGAGAGGAGAGCUGAGCCUGUCAGCUGUGUUACAUUUCCAGAGCUGUUCAAUUAGUGAGUUGGGAUGUUGCCUUAUUUAGAGCAGACUCGUGCUGCUCAGUUGUUGGUGUAAAGUGACUGGCCUUUCAGUUGCCCUGCUUUGAACUGGCACAGUCUAGUGCCAGGUGACUAGUACCAGGGGUUUGGACAUGUAAUGUUUGCAGCAUUUGUGGCAUCUUGACUUCAGGCAGAGUAAAACCUUUUCCAUUUUUGUUGUCCAGUUGACCUAAUCCUUGACUUGGGGGAAUGUCUUUAUGUUUAUACCCUCCUGGAACGUCAUUGUGGUGUAUGAUAUACAACAGUAUUUCUGUGUGGUGCUAGUUAGUUAGUCCACUGUUCCAACUCAAGUUCGGUCAAAAUAAACCUUUCAUUCACAGAGUUAGAUGUAAAAAUAUCUUUUUUUUUCCAUUGACGUAUAGAGGAUACAGCAUCUGAUUCAGGCCUCUUCAUUUCUAUUGAAGUAUCUCAGUAUAGCACGAAAGCAAAGAAGUUCAACUGCAGCACAUACAAUUAUCUGGAUGAGCAGUACUGCUUCAGCACUGUGGGGGUCAUAGAGAAGACGCACUGGAGACUUCCCCUGGCUGAGCCGGCUACUUCCGGUUUAGCACUCAGCUAACUUAAAUUGGGAUAAAAUGAUUUCAUUUUGCUGCUCUUGUUGAUUUUUCAAAAGUUGAACAAUUGGAACAAAUAGAUCAAAUCCCAAACGUGAAACAUUUUGCUGGGGCUGUGAUGCUUGAAAAAAUUAAAAGACGUAGUUUUUGCUACAUAAGUCUACAGGAAAAAACUUCUGGCACAGCAUCAUGUGACAAAUGGAAUUACACCGUUUGGCCAGUACAAAAAUUGUUUUCACAGCCUGGCGCUCUUCCUGGGGGCCUGUAUUAUCUUCGCUAUUUACAGUCACCAUGUUUCUCAGCUUAGCUUCCUAUUCCACCAGUAGAGACUGACCUCUGGUGGUGCCUGAUGUGCACUACAUACAGCACAUCCCAAUUACAGCAUCUCUGUAUGAGAUAGAGAGAGGGAGCAUUUGUCCUUUUGACAAUGCUGAAAAUAAUACGUUGAUAUUUGUUAAUAUACCCUUGAAUACUGUUCUACCACCGUAGCCUGGCAGUAAAUACAAUGAUGUCAUGCUCUCAAUGACAACAAAUAACAGAGGUGCAAAGGAAAAUAUACUUUGAUGAACUCUACAAAAGUGAGACUGAAGUCAUAGUCACCUGAAGUCAAAGUGCUGCAUGGUUCUGUAAGCACGCAGUCCUUAUUAAUUCUGUCUGGACCAUCCCAGGACUAGUACACCUGUGCAGGUUACGCGAGAUCCAAACAGACUAACACCUUACCGUGUUUGUGUCAUGAAGGGCAUUCUUUUGUGGAAACACGGUGGCGACGUGCUGUGCCACUGUGGUGUUGGGCCUCAGCGAUAAGAGGGGAGCGAGAGUCCAAACAGUUUUGCUGGCUGCCUGCGUGACCCCACUGGCUGGGGUUGCUCUCUGACAGCAGAGGUCUUAAAGUCACUCAUUCAUUUCACCUCCUAUGCUUGGUCAACAAAUGGAGGGGAUUUAUCUGUAAGAACGAUGCACAUCAUGUCAUAAAAUUGACAUACACACACUGUAUUGUGAAUAUUUGAAAUUUCAGGCACUUGUACUUCCAUAGCUACCAUCCAUCUGAGUCACUAGAACUAAAACAAGCCAUGAAAAGUAUUUGCAAAUUGCAGGCAUCAUUUAACUGACUUAAGGUUGGAUUUGUUGUCAUUUUGGAUGUGAACAUGAAAUUUAUGCAAUAAUCGACUUAGGUCUUCUCUUCCAUUGUCCCGUCGAGUGUCAUUUUGGGAAGUUAUCAGGCUCGGACAAUUUAGCAUUGCUAUGCAUAGUGAAGUGUUGGUAUCGACUGUGAAUGUCUUCCAUUAGAUUACAGAGGUAGCCUCUCAGACCGCCAUCUCCUGCUUUUGACCAAAGGUAAUAGAAUGGAUUGCUACUCAUCCCUAUAAACAAAAACCUUUGGGAGAAGAAAAAUUUCAAGAAUGUUUGAAAUAAGUGAUAUUUCGAGAGUCUUUCCAUCAUUUCAAAAUAUUGGCAUGUUAUGCUUUUUCAGUAAUUUGUGGUUUAAUGGAGUGUGCGUUUGAUUUUUAUGCUGGAAGCAGGUGUUGCUGGUUCAGCCUGUUGCAGGGUGGAGCAGCAAUACAGCAAAAACUCCACUUUUAAAUCAAGCCACAUGUCCAUGAUAACCUGAGUUUGUUUGCAAAAACAAUUUUUUUUUUGACUUAUGUGGUGAAAUAUUACAUUUCCAGCGAGGUUAACAUAGUCACAAUGAAGAUGUCCACUGAAAACCAAAAAUGUUGGACCAAAGACACUAAAAACAGUCAGCUAAUUGAUGUUAUUGCAGAGAGUCUUUAGUAUUAUGUCACUAAAGGACUGUGUUUCAUGAGAGGAACUAAAUAAGGAAUGCACUGAUAUGUUGUAACUUCAUAUACCUGACAUUAUUGAGGAACAAGGACUUGGACCACUACUCAUCCUCAGCAGCCAAAAUGAAUGCCGUUAUUUUUCUCCACUUCAGUAAUCUACGACCCUUUUGCGUGUUUGAAAUCAUUUGAAAAUCAAUGGGCAGCACUUUGUAUUUUGACUGAAAAAUGAUUAUAGCUGCCAGCACAUUUUGGUACACAAUCCCAUGUUAGUAUUGGUGGAUCCCUACAGAGUAAAGUUCCUGGUCAAUGUAAAGAUGUUAUUCGUGGUUAUUAUGUGAAAGCCUUAUGGAACUGAAUGCAAAAAGCACAAUGCCAGUGUUAAUAAUGACUCAUUUUUGUCAUCACCAGCACAUUAUAAAGUGCCCUUAAUGCUGGUACUGCAAAUAUCUAUCUGCUUGUUGUUGUGUUUUGGUGGGCUGAGCUGAAAUCUUAAAGACAAUGGACCCUGUGGGAACUGUGGAGCCUCAGGUGGGAUCACUGAAGGUUUCUGAUGGUAGACUGCGAUAAUGUUAGUUAUUGGAUUUUGGUUAGGGUUUGAAUUUAACCACAAAAAAAGCAAACGGUAAUUUACAUUUCUGUCCCUGGAGAAUGUUCUCAUGUGACUGAUAUUUUGAAGGAUGAUCUUUAUUACUCAGACCAGAAUAUUUCAAGAUACAAAGAUCCUUUCUUACUUGGUUACGUAAAAUGAAGUGCCAAAAAGCAAAAGAAUUUUCCACCGGAAUCAGUUGAGUUCUGUCAUUUUAUCCAAAUAUAAUAUUGUCUAAAGUUGGAAAUUAAAAAUGUGGUCUCACAACUACAGUGUGAGGCUCUGUGAAAGAUCAUAGAAUGAGCAGGGAAAUAUUUGAUCUACAGUAGGUCUCAGUAGUAGGAGUUAAGUUAAUUUAUGCUUAUAAAAAGACUUAAUGGGUAACUUAAGUAUUAUUCAAUCUGGACCCUAUUUUCCCCUGUUUUUGUGUCUAAGUGUAACAACAGUUUUUGAAAUUGGUCCAGUAUUGAGCGAGACUUCUGCAGCCAGCAGCGGUGAAACAGGCUACGAUUUCAUUCCUAUGCCUAACUUGCAACAGUGAUUUCUGUCCAUUGAAAGUGCUUGCUUUUGCCACUGACAGGCACAGAUUGUUAUUGUUAGUUACUGACAACAUAAUGGAAAGGACCCUGUAGCAAAAUGAAUUUCUUUUUUCUUUUUACUUAUGCUGUCCUGUUUGUUUGUUAGGUGUAACUGAGUCUCACUCAAGGAGAAUUCUCGUCCUUUCCAUAAUUUUGUCUAACACUUAAAAUAACAAUCUGAGUCUUUCAGUGGCAAAAACAACCAUUUUCGAUGGAUGUAAAUCGAAAGCCCCAAAUGUCUGUUACGUGGCUGCUGGUUGCAGUGCUCUCUUAAUAUUGGAAAAAUUUUAAAAAUAGAAACAAGCAUUUGACACGGUCAAUGUAUGUCCAUUAAAUGCCUGUUUUUGCCACUGACAGACUCAGAGUGUAAUUCAAAUUCACAACAUUAUGCAAAGAACUUUAUUACACACAAUAACAAAAAGACUGGAUCAGCGAAAGAAAAUCAAUUAAUUUCUCUGUAGGGUCCUCUCCGUAGGUUUGUCAGACACUAAUAAUAAUGAUGCGAGCCUGCCAGUGGAAAAAACAAACACUUUUAGUGGGUGAAAAUUGAUGGUUCCAAAUGCUAGUUUCGAAACCGUCUGCUGCAGUGCUCCCUCUCAAUACUGGACCAAUUUAAAAAUAGAAACAGGUAUUUGGCACCCUCACUGUACGUCCACUAAAAGUACUUGUUUUUGCCACUGACAGGCUCAGAAUGUUAAUCUAAUUUUCUGGUAACAUUAUGGAAAGUAUGAGACUUUUCCUGGAGCCAUACUUGGUUUCACAUGAUAACAAAGAAAGAGAAUUAAUUUCUCUGUCUUGGACUUUCUGUAAUGUUGUCACUUAUAAUAACAAUGUAAGCCUGUCAGUGGCAAAAACAAGCGCUCUUAGUUGACAUUACAUUGUAGCCUGUUUUGAUGCAGUCAGGUGCAGCACUGUGUCUCAAUACUGGCUCAUUUUCAAAAAUAGUUGUUGUUCAGGUAGUCACGUAGACAAAACAAAACAUGGGAAAAUAAGGUUGUUUGCCAAAUCCGUCAAUCAGUUUAGUGCCACUGGUGUAUUUCCAGAAGGCACUUGGGAAAAUUCUUGUUAGUGAGGACAUGUUUUCGUUCUAAAUGAGCUGCUCUCUGACAGAUUGAAUCAGGACUGCCAUUUAUUGUGCAGUGCCGGUAUCGUCUCUGUCUCAGCCGCAUUUAUUUUCAAAGUGUGUGAAAGGUUUUUGGGCAAGAACUUUUUGUAACUGACAUCAUCCCACCUGAGAGCUCACCCCAAGCCUCGGUCCUGCCUCUGGCCUGCACCAAAGCACCCUACAGCUUCCAGUCCACCAAACACACACAAACAGGAGUAACUGCUUUCUGUGUAAGGAAAUAAAACUUUGAAGCAGUCGUCUCCACUCCUAUGCAGUCACUGCUACAAAAUAAAGACAAAUCAUGUUACAAGCACCUCUACACCUGCCACAGUGUGUCUUAUUUAUCUUUACCAGGCACUUGUCAUUAAAUGUUUCUAUUGUGGUACUUCAGUCUUUAAAAGCAUUGUUGUCUGUUAGCAUGUAGAGCUAAUCAUGAACUGUCUGUCACUGCACUGCCUGGAUGUAUAAACCAAUUUCCCAUAAUGUGACAAAUGCCUGGCAAAGAAGCGCUUGAUUCAAACUGUUGUGAAGCUUCUGUGAAAGGACUGACCUUAAAAAACAUAUGAACUUCAAGCAGUUUGACUUGUUUACCAGCUGUAAAAAUGACUAUUGUAGUGAUUCUCAAUGUUUUUUCAGUCUGUUCAUAAACAUGCUGUUUCGUUUUGUCGUUGCUGUACAAUCACAGUUCAUGUAAAAGCAAUUUUCUGAUUAAUCAUCUGUUUAACAUCAUUCAUCUCAUACAGUUUCUUGUAUUAUGGUAUGAAGUCAUUUAGUUUUCUUUCUGUAUAUCUUUUCUGACAAACUCCCAAAUAACCAGUCAUAAAUGUUAGUAUUCAUUUAAUUCUUUUGUUAAAUAAAUUAAUGCUGAGACUUAAA